UGAAUCUUCUCCGUUGUUAUCCGCUAGCAGUCCACGGCUUCCUAGACGAUACUUUUGGCGAUUAUUCUGGGACUCAAAGAAACUAUGACGGCUGAAGAUUUGAGCAGAUAGUUGUAUUAUGGGUAAGGUGCUGCUCGCCUGGGUCACCUCUGCGCCAGGUGCAAUAGUACUGCUGGCCUCCAAAGAUGUGAGAGGCUCGGAUAUGGAAUCAGCUGGAGAAUCAAGAUAUCAAGUCACCUGUAUUCGACUGCUCAUACUUCCUGCGCUUGAUGGUUUCAUACAACGAGAACGUGUCGACAUCCUCUCUCGACGUUCCCCCAGGUUUGGUAUCUUAACAUCCACGAGCACGCGCGUCGGAGUCUCACAUCCAAGUGGCCGGCUGUCGCGUCUCCCGGUGACCUCUGCACACUCAAAUGUCUCAUUUACAAAAUCGCAACGCCUUCAAUGACUCCCUCCCUCUUUGCCCCUCACUGAGUGCCAGCGAGAUCAUGUGGACGUCGAUACCGCU